AUGUCUUCUCUACAGCCGUUUUCGGUGGACAACACCUGGAGUCACGUGGUUUCAAAGCGCACGGGCGACAAGCGCGAGUACGGCGGCGACAACUUGUCAUCUGAGUCGUCAAAUUUCCUGCCAACCGAUCAGACAGACAAACAACCCUCGAGUCCAGGAGGCAGUCUAUGGUCCGACAGAGAGGGCUGGAGCUCGCAGUUCGACCUGCCGUCGAGUCCGGUCCGAAAAAAGCGGUUUCUGGGCGGCAUUCAGUUCACUGAAAGAAGCAAGAACAAGGAGGAGGAAGGCGGAGACGAGGAGGGCGAAGGGGAGUCAGAAAGCCAUAUCGUGAGUCUCCAGAGCAAUGGAACGGUCACGGAAGAUAAACCAGAGGCCACCGUGGCCAAGCUGGAGAGACAGAGUGCGGCCGAAAGCUCUUCUACUCCCGUUCGAACAGCUUCACGUCCGUCUCUACUUGCUCCCACGACUCCUUACAGAAACUACACCCGGAGCCUUAACUCGUUCAACUCGUUCAACUCGUACAACUCUCUUGGUUCGUUUGGCGAAACCGGGGCAGGAAUAGCUGCUGAAGUUGCCAGUCCUGAAAAACGUCAUAAACCCGCGCCUGUGGACACCACUCUUCCUCCUGCUCAGUACCUUCUUCAGUGUGCUGACAAGGAGGCCGAAAACAUUGAUCUCAUGUUUCGCAACCUUGACAAACUCCCCAAGGAGUUUAGCGAGCUCAAAAAUGUGGUUAAGACCAACAACAGCCCCUGUACGGCAUCUCUGGCCAUGUCCUACAAGGUCAUGUUGUCUCAGAACAGACUGACAGAUUUGCCACCUCAAUUGUUUGACGGGAUUAAUAUUGUGAAUCUGUCCGUCUUCAACAACUGCCUGGAGUCGGUUCCGCCUCGAAUCAGAGACCUCACCAACCUCGACACGCUCAACGUGAGUGGAAACGUCAACCUCAAGUACUUGCCGUCCGACAUUCAGAAGCUCAAGAAGCUCAAAAAUCUCAAGGCGUCCAAUGUCGGCUUUCCCCCUCUUCCCAAAGGUGCCCCAAGUCCCGCAGGCAAAAAGAGACACAUGCUGCAUCGCGAAAUCACCGUCGUCAACGAAGAAAAGGUGUUUCCUACGCUGAUUGAACAGAUUGUCAUGUCGGUUUUCAAAGCCAAGGAUGGCCAACUCACAGACAAGCAAAUUGCACAUCUCAACGUUCAUCAGAUGGGCAGACAGUACUUUGAAGACGCUCAGCUGUCGUUUCAGGUAGGAACGUCCUGUGGAGUGUGUGGAGAGCAUAUCCUCUAUGAGGACAGAGUGUAUGGAUACGCUACGGAAUGGUGGCAGUGGCCAGGCCAUGAAGAGGCGUCUGUGCACGACCAGCAGGUGAUUGUGAUCAGAAGGCUGCUGUGUAAAGAGGCGUGCCUGACCGAGUUGGAACGAAUGGCAUAG